AUGUCUUCAACGAGCAGAAUUGUCACAUUGUCCUCUUCAAUUGAACAAAACGCGCGCAUUGUCGACAGAUAUUUCACAGAGAAUGGCCUACCUUCUCCAUCGCUCGACGCUUCUACUCCGCCUGAUAUACCGCUCCCGCCCGAGAUUAUAGCUGCGAAGGAAGCCGCCCUUGAGGCCAUGGACGAGCUGCAAGUUCUGCUCCUUGGACCCAUGCCUAAGAUCAUUCACGAGCUCAUUCACACGCCGACAAGCCUGACCAGCUUACACGCAAUGGCCAAGUUCAAGAUGGCCAAUGCAUUUCCGGUAUCAGAAACAACCACAAUCCCCAAACUAGCAGAAACAUCUGGUCUCAAUGACGAAGACUGCACACGUCUUGUUCGCCACGCCGUUGCAAGUCGUCUGUUUCUUGAGCCCGAGCCCGGCGUCAUCUCACAUUCCGGCAUGAGCAACGCAAUCGCAAACGUCCCUUUGCUGCGCGAAUGGGUUGAAGAGACCUGCGAAAACAUGUGGUCGUCAAGCUCCUUCCUCGUCUCCGCAAUGAGCGCGUAUCCCGGCUCCGAAGAGCCCCAGGAAUCCGCGUACAGCCUGUCCAGGAAAACUAAUCUCUCGUUUUUCGAGGACCUUGGGACUGAUGCGACGGGGGCAAAGGCUAAGCGAUUCGCUGAUGCAAUGAGUUUCUUCCAAGCUUCGCCUGCAAUGCACACAGCUCUUCUCGUCGAUAACUACGAUUGGAAAGCAUACAAUACGAUCGUCGAUGUUGGCGGUUCCCACGGCGCCGUCAUGCUCGAAUUAGCCAGACAAAACCCAGAAGUAAAGUGUGUCGUGCAAGACCUCCCAGAAGUGGUCGCGGGUGCACCCCAAGGCGUUGACCGCGUGGAAUUCCAGCCCUACAACUUCUUCACCGAGCAGCCAGUCAAGAACGCCGAUGUGUACUUGUUCCGUAUGAUAUUCCACAACUGGGGCGACAAGUAUUGCAUCCGGAUUUUGGAGAACUUGGUCCCUGCACUCAAGAAGGGAUCGAGGGUCGUCAUCAAUGACCACGUAGUCCCGCCAGGCGGAGUGCUGAGCCCGUACAAGGAUCGCACAGUAAGGGCUUUCGACUUGGUGAUGAAGGCCUGCUUCAAUGCGAAGGAGCGCAGCGUCGAGGACUGGACGAACCUGUUGAAGGCGGCGGAUGAACGCUUCGCCAUUCGAAAUGUCACUCAGCCAAAAGGGUCGCAAUUACAGAUCAUCGAAGUGCAAUGGGAUGUGUAA